AUGUCUUGGGCUGAUCUUGUGCAGGAGAGUUUGAAGGAAGGAAAGGUUGAAGGAAGGAAACAGAGAAAAACGCACAAAACUACAGAAAUGGCAGAAAAUAACUUGUACACUAUUAUAAAGGUGGUACGAGAUGAGGACUUUGCAGAACAAAUUGGAAAUGAUUUAUAUUUUGAUCUUGUAGACCUUGAUAAAGUGAGGAGUUUCCGUGUUCAAAAGCAGGCGUCGUUUAACGUUUUCAAGGAAAAUGUUGCUAAAGAGUUUGGCAUACCAGCUCAAUUCCAGCGCUUUUGGUUAUGGGAAAAGCGUGAAAACCAUACAUGUCGACCAUCUCGGCUUUUGACACACAUCGAUGAAGCACAAUCUGUUGGAGUUGGACAAUUGAGAGAGCUUCACAAGGUUGACGAAUUAAAACUGUUUCUGGAAGUGGAGCGUGGGCUGGAAAUUAGAUUUGAACCAAAAGUCAAGUGUUUUCCUAUUGAGAAGAAAUUAACAUUUGAAGAUAACGAGUUAGACAAUGGUGAUAUUAUAUGCUUUCAAAAAGCUUCUGCUAUAGAUACUAAGAAACAUAUCCGCUAUCCUAAUGUUCUUUCAUACAUGGAAUAUGUGUACAAUCGCCAGGUUCCUUUUUGUCCCUCAGAUAUAGAAUCCGAAGAUGAAGCAUCAUUGGAAGAACAAAACGAAAACAUUACAGAUGAAGAAAUGAAUGAUAUGAUAGACGAAGAAAUUAAUGAUAUGAUAGACGAGGAUGAGUUGUUAGAUCUUGAUGAUAUGGUAGAUGUGGAUGUUAUUGGUGCAAUCGACAAAGUUAUAUCAGAAGGGCUUUCCAUUAUUGACUUUAGAUAUCUGCAACUUGACCUCCCUGAUCAACUUCUUCAGGAAUUGAGGGAUAUCGCCUUUAAAAAAGACUUGGUUGUAAAAUUUAAACUAGGUCUUGCUCGUGAAGUAAACUUCAAUGUAGUCAAGGAUAAAAUCGAAGCUAAUGCUGACAUGUUAUAUUCUCGCGAAUUAAAACAAGUUCAUGUUGUUGUUAACUUUCUCAACAAAAUUGAGUGGAUGUUUGAGAAACUCGAAAAAUUGGAAAAAGAGCGAUACGCAAUUAAGAAGAGCACCGACCAGGAUAAUGAGGAAUUGAAGGCGACAAGACAAAAAAUAUUGUUGUCAAAGACUUCCCUCGACAUCCACCAAACAGAACUCAACUCUCUUGAUACUCAGAUUGCUGAUCUUAAAGCCAUGCUUGAAAAACUACAAGGGGAAAGAGCCAAAAUUGUUGAGAUUGAAGCUCAAGAGAAAGCUAAGAUCACGUCUCUUAACAAAGAAGUUAAAUCAAUUUUCCAUCGCCUCGCUAUUGAUCAAGUCAAGUUGAAAAUUGCUGAUCAAAUUCCGGAGGCCGAAACUGAAUUGGAAGGUCAUGAGAAGGUCUACAAAACCUUGAGGGCAAUCCCUCCAUUUUGA